GGGGAGGGACCUACCUGAAUUUGUCCAAUAUAAACUAUAGUUUGCGUUUGGCGUAAACGCAACAGAAUCGGUAUAAUGAUUACACCCCAGCACAAUCCCCAGUAUAUUUGUUAUGAUGCGAAGAAAGUACAACAUUUCGUGCCCUGUCUAACCCGGGGCUGCAUGGCCAGUCUGUGGAGCUGAACGAGGCCUACAGGGUGCUGAGUAAGGAGGUGUCCCGGAGAGAGUACGACCUGCGGCUACAGCACCCUUUUACCGGGGGACAGGCCUUCAGACCCACCUCCACACAACCCCAGGAGAGUAUGCGCUACUAGGAUCAGUUCAAACCCUGUCAACCUGAGGAGUGGGGGAGGAAGAUGAAAUUUAGAAUAAUUAGCUACUGUAUGCUCAUCAUGUGACUGAGCUUCUCUUCAGGUGUCUCUCUCUCUCUUCCGGUCACACAGACAGUUGGAGUCUGUCCAUAACAACUUCACGGACAAGAAGAACAGGUCAUCAAGCAGAUCUACAAUGAGGGCAAGAGUGAACAGGUUUAAGAAGCAGACAGAGAUUCUCAGACAGAAUUCUCAGAAACACAAAAUCACUUGCAACAAGUAGGAGUUUAGUAGAAUACGAGCACAUCGUAAAUCAAGGGGGAUUGAUUUGGCCGAACACCUCGGAAGAGGAAUGGAGUCAUUCAGGAAGGGGAGUGAACAGUUGAUUGAGUUAGGAGUAGUUAACUUUUUCAGUGGUUUGUGGCAGACGUUGAUGAUGUGCACAGCUCUCGUUUGCUUGGACCUUGGAUACUAAGCCAAGGAGUUAAACAACAAGUGUGUAAUACCUGGGUGAAACGGAAACAGUAAUGGGGUACAUGUCUUUGUCACAGUAAAGCCUCGCCCCACAGCCAUUCUAGGUUUCUCCAGGAGGAGAAUACGUUGUGGAGGUUUGGUCUGGUAUCACAAGACUAACAGCAGUAGGUCAUUAGCAGCACAUCUCUUCCGCUAUUGGAUGGAACCAAGACUCCUGUUAGCCAGUUGCUAAUUGGUUUGCAUACCCGUGACAUGCUGUUUCCCUCACGGCCGUUCAGAGGCAGUCUCAACACUUUGCCCACUGUAGAUGGGGCAUUCCAGAUAUUGCAACCUUCAGUGUUCCGACAGGAGUUUUUCCUGACAAUGUUACCUACAUGCAAUAUUUAGGGCCUUCUGCUUUUCCUGGUUAUGUGAUGAGGAACAACUGUCCCUAGAUAUACUAUAUACAUUCCCAUUGAAAGGACAUGGAAUCAAGAGACAUUUUGAAAAUUAAGUCAUAUUAGGACUUUUUAAAAUGGUAUUUAAUUGUGCACUUCUCUGAUGUUGAAGAAUUCAUUUUAGGAAUGGUAAUUAUACUAUGGAAAGUACUGAAGUGCCACGCAGGCAGAUUUAUUGAGAUUAGAAAUGUAUUUAAUUUAUUGCUGUGGUGACGGCCAACUGACACUUACCAUAAGUCACAGAUUGUGUUUCAGUGAUGUUUAAUGACAGCCUUAACUCCUCACGGUGUCAUGGAGUCAUGCAAUGAUGAAUAAAUGAGCAAACACUGUUCCUCUGAUCUCAACCAACAACCUCCAAUGUUUCAUUUUGAGUUUGUUUCUCACCUGAUUCCACGCUCGCAUGUCCUGUCAGGUUUGGGAGUGAGCGAGUGGUGCAGUGUGUGUUAAUGACUCUAUGGCCUUGUGUUGUUUCUCAAGCCCUUAGCUGAAACCACAGGAGAUAACAGGUCCCCGCAUACCGACAUCCCCUAUGUAGUGCACAAGUGCCCCCUCAUAACCAAAACACACCAAACUGACAGAGACUCUUCUGUCGACGUAAAGACAAACUGAUGGGAGACAGGGUUCACUGUAAGGUCUGGGCUGCUGAUCAAGGUUUUGUAAGCCUCUGACUGUGACCUAGUGCUGCUGAUCAAGGUUUUGUAAGCCUCUGACUGUGACCUAAAUUAGUUGUGCAAAUGUAUUAUUCCAACCAAAUAAAUGAUUAAUAUCAAUUCACUGGGGGUGAUCAGUUAGUGGUCUGUGUGUUUUAUGUGUCUGUCUGUGAGAGCUUGGAUGUGCAUUUGGGUGAAUGAUAUAAAGAGAUCUUAGUGCAUUAAAAUUACCCCCUUUAUUGUAUCGUUAUUAUAAAAUGUAUUAUGUGGCUGAGAAAGUGGAGUGGUAAAUUAUUGAUUGACCUGCUGAAUGACGAAUUGAAGGGCGACGUUCACCUGUGUCCAGUGCGCGGGUGCGUCCAUGUCAUUUUGAAAAAGUUGGCAGUGCAAAGGUUACGCGGAAUUCGGAGUGCGUCGAGUGGAGUGCGCCUUUUAAUUGUGAUCUGAAGGGCAAAGGACAUGAGCAACCAAUCAUAACAGACCAAGAGACGCUGUCAAGGACCCUUCUCUUUGUGGACUGCUCUGGCACCAUUAACUUCUAUAUGUUAUUAUCAAAGAGGACAAAAGGAUAAAUCGCGGCGGCACAUGCGUCUUCAACGAAACGUCAUCUAGGCUAUUUCUCCGAGACACCGCUGUGGAUAGGCUGCGCAGUGUCAUGAGAUGUGCGUUCGGCACCGUAGCCUCUGUGAUUCAAGACAUUAGUGUUGGAUCGUAAAUAAGUGUUUUUUGUCCUUUUUAAACGUUUUUAGAGACAAGGAUACAAUAUCGCAAAAUAUCUUAUCGGGACUAUAAAUGGACCUGUAGUCACGCUACUACUGAUGCUCAACCACGGACCGUUUCAUGGGUUUCUGGCCAACAAUGGGCGAAUGUAACCGGUUUACAUACCCGAACCUCUGGCUUUGGAAUAUUGGGGGCCAUCAUUCAAAGUUCACACAACUCUCAGUAAAAUAGAUGCAACCAAACUGUAUUGAAUUGAACGUGAACGACUGAGAUUUAUUAAACUAGGCUAUUUGUCAAUAUGCAGGCUAUUUGUCAAUAUGCAAAAUGCAUAUGUGUGCGCUUGAUUGCCAAGAAUGAUUUGGCCGAUUGAUGGCAUUCGAUUAUAAAUUGUUAUAUUGUAGCCAAAUACAUUGUGCAAUUGUUGAUGAAUUAAGUUACAAUCUCAAGCCACUCAUUUGAGUGUUAGCCUACUCAUUUGCCAUAGACGGAUUCAUAAUUACUUGUAUGUAUACAUUCAUAUAUUUCACGUUCUUAACAAACGGAAAGGGAAUGCCACCCCGGCUGUCAAUCCAUAACAUGGAACCUAAGGACUGCAGAUUGAAUAUUGAUUGAGUGGAGUGAAAAGACAAAAGAAAAUCAUCAAUUAAUUUACGGAAAAUUAGUUUUUUUGGAGUUCUGCACAAUGGGGAUUAUGCUUCAAGUUAUUCUAGGAAUGUUUCAGUUCCUCUUGCUCUCCAGAAUACCCACGUCCCAUGCUAAGCUAGCCCACUGGAGACCUGCGGACACCACCCCCAAAUCUAGAGAAGUGCGUCGGUGGUUGGAGGUGUACUCUCGGAGUGGUUGUGAGCCCAGGGAUACCCUGGUGGAGGUGUGGCGGGAGUUGCCGGGAGAGACGCAUCACCUCUUCGUGCCUUCCUGUGUGUCGGUCCGCCGCUGUGGUGGGUGCUGCUCCGACGAGGCACUGGAGUGUGUGCCCUCACUCACACACUCUAUCACCAUGGAGCUAAUGAAGACCUCCUUCAUGAAGCAUGAGCUCAUUGAGCUGGACUUCGUUGAGCACAGCCAGUGUGAGUGCAGACUAAAAGAGAAUCUUCAAUCAGCCCCUACCAGGCCUGCAAAGCCUCUGAGGAAAGGCAGGAAAAGGGAGAGAGGAAAAUCCAAACGAAAGAAAAGUGGAACUAUACCCUCCUCUCCCCCCACUACGCCCUCUCCUCCCCCGACCACCCCGUCUCCCUUGCCAGGCCCUCGAUGUACCCCCUGUCCUGGGAGGAAGUGGACACUCGAUUUGCAUUCGUGUCGGUGUCGCUGCAACGUGACCACAGAGAGCUGCAGUCAGAAAGGGAGGAGGCUCAACCAGCACCUCUGCAGAUGUGAGGCCAGGAGGCGGUGAUGCUCUUUCUCUCUGCUGGUUCCAGACUCACUCUCAUCCAUGCUCAUCCACUCUCAUCCAUGCUAAGCAGAAGUCUGGGUAACAAAGAGGAGUGGAGGAUGUACCCCUAACUCUCCUCUUCCUUGUCCUCCAGAACCACCAAGUCAGUGCAGUAUUACAACGUAAAUAUAUGUACCUGUGUGUAGAGCUGUAUAUGUGUAGUCAGUCUCAUCACACAGCUUCUUCAGGCGCUUAGCUGCUAUCGUCCAGUCAACAUGUAUGUAACACUCUCCUUCACAAGAGUAAAUGAUGGGACCAAAUGUAAAGCACAGUUUAGAUGUCUGGUAACAUGAGGGCGAUGUGAGGUAGUGAGUCGCCAGGGCGUUAGUUGUGGACCAGACAGAAUUCAACACUCACACCUCCAAUGCUGUAUGGGACAUUGGGACUUUGGACAUGAAGAGUAUUUAAAGACUGAUCACAGAUCAGAUUUAACAGACGUGUUCAUGUUGAGUUUUGUUGUCUUCAUAGACACGGUGGGGCAGUUUUGCCCAUGAACUGCUAUUGGACUGUUUUGCAGAAAGACAAUGGCAACAGACAUAAUGAUCCUGAUAUUGAUACGUGUGUUAUAUUUUGUGUACAGGGAGACCCCCGAUAGGAGAAUGAUUCCAGGGUCAAGUCAUUAAAGUGCAGUAAGGAUAUAGAAUAGUGAAUGAACAUACAUGCACACACGCACACAUGUACACACACACAUGCACACACGUACCAGCUAUUUGUUGUGUGUAUAUAAAGCCGUCAGGGAUACCCCAUGGACCUAUAGCUAAGUGAGUUGAAUAGCUGCAUAGACUGUAUCUGUGUGGUCUACACACUGAAUGGCACAGAUGGGUUAACAUGCCACAGUCAGUCUCUCUCAUUCACAGCAUAUGGUCACAGGCUGGAUCACUGAGGGGUUUUACAGGCUGGAUCACUGAGGGGUUUUACAGGCUGGAUCACUGAGGGGUUUUACAGGCUGGAUCACUGAGGGGUUUUACAGGCUGGAUCACUGAGGAGUUUUACAGGCUGGAUCACUGCGGAGUUUUACAGGCUGGAUCACAGGGGUUUUACAGGCUGGAUCACUGAGGGGUUUUACAGGCUGGAUCACUGAGGGGUUUUACAGGCUGGAUCACUGAGGGGUUUUACAGGCUGGAUCACUGAGGGGUUUUACAGGCUGGAUCACUGAGGGGUUUUACAGGCUGGAUCACUGAGGGGUUUUACAGGCUGGAUCACUGAGGGGUUUUACAGGCUGGAUCACUGAGGAGUUUUACAGGCUGG